GCGACAUGGCGUACAGCCGGCUGACGGUGCCUCUGGUGGUGAUGAGCGUGUUCUGGGGCUGCGUCGGCCUCCUCGUGCCCUGGUUCAUCCCCAAGGGGCCCAACCGGGGAGUUAUCAUUACCAUGUUGGUGACCUGUUCAGUGUGUUGCUAUCACUUUUGGCUCAUUGCAAUUCUGGCCCAGCUCAACCCUCUCUUCGGACCACAAUUGAAAAAUGAAACUAUCUGGUAUCUCAAGUAUCAUUGGCCGUGAGAAGAAGACCACCCUCCAGUAUUCAGACUUUGAGGUCCUGAAGAGAUUUCCUCUCAGAUCACCUCACACCACACCGCCUUCUGGCUCGCCUAUCAUGGCUGUCAGCUGCCUUAAACACCCCACAUUCGAAGUGAUCUUACUCUCCAACGCAGUGUUUUUUUUUCCUAUCGCCUUACUUUUUUACUCUCGGAUCAAUGAUGUGCCUACUUCACCAACUGUGCAAGCUCCAUGAGUCGUGACAUGCUCUCCUAGAAUGGAAGGUGCUGGGCUCCUGAGAAGUGCCUCCCUCUCUCCAGGGUGCUGUGGAUUUGAAGCUGCUUCCUGGGACCUGGGAAUCAGUGUUGGUAACUUACAGGACAGUAAGAUUCCAAGGGAGCAUCUUUCCUAUGGACUCACACCAAAGUAUGUUGAUCAGAUCAAAUUUCUUAUCUUUACCAUGUUGUGGAAUAAAUUAUUUUUCUGCUUUCUAUGGGGAAAAA